AUGGCAAUUAAGAUGCUUCCGAUUCACGAAAAGGGACCUAGCGGUCUGUUGAACAGCUCCAAAAUGCAUUUAAAGCACCAAUGGCUGACGGUUGGCCAGAAAAUUCUCGCACUAGUGACAGUCUUAUCUCUCGCUACUGUGAUCUGUAAACAGAACUACUACCCAUUAUUCCAAGCUAACUUCAUUGGAGACCCUGGAAACCCGGAUUCGCUCUGUCCGAUUGUGGCCAAAAUUGAUCCUUCAGAGCAUAUUUACGACAAUGCAACCAUCGACAAGAUCCUCAAUGACCCUGACUUCAGAGCCAGAUCGAUCGAGCGCUUGUCUUCAGCUGUGAAGAUCCCCACAGAAAUCUAUGACGAUACAAUUCUCCCCAACGCUGCCAAGAGCAAGAAGGACUUAUACAAGCUCGAACCACUUUGGGAAGAAUACGAAAAGUUUCAUAAAUUUUUAAAGAAAGCCUUUCCCUUGAUUCAUAAGAGCUUGAAAGUAGAAGAAGUCAAUAAGUUUGGGCUCAUCUACACCUGGGAAGGCUCUGAUAAGAAAAAGGAGCCAUUGAUGUUGACUGCCCACAUGGAUGUAGUUCCGGUUCAAAAGGAAACCAUAGACCAAUGGACUUAUCCACCAUUUAGUGGUGAGUACGAUGGUGAGUUCAUGUACGGGAGAGGUGUUUCUGAUUGCAAGAAUUUAUUGAUUGGGCUUUUAGAAACUAUUGAGUUAUUUUUGGAAGAGGGUGAAUUCAAGCCAGAGAGGACUUUGAUCUUGGGAUUUGGUUAUGAUGAAGAAUCAGGUGGUACUGGAGCUGGAGAGAUUUACAAAGUUCUCAUUGAGAGAUACGGCGAAGAGUCGCUCUAUGCAAUUAUCGACGAGGGUAAUGAAGCUUUUGAAAAAAUACAGGGACUUAACUUUAUCUUACCGGCUACUGGAGAAAAGGGCCACCUCAACUCCAUUAUUGAAUUGUACACCCCAGGUGGCCAUUCAUCUGUACCUCCCAACCAUACUCUGAUUGGAAUUUUGUCCAAACUUAUCGAUUUGAUUGAAGAAAACCCUUACGACAGCAUCCUUACGAAUGCAAACCCAGUCUUAAACCAAUUGCAAUGUGUUGCAGAGCAUUCUAAAACCGUUGAGAAAACGUUGAAAAGAGAUAUAUUGCAGGCCCAAUUCAACCCUUCUGCUAAUCAGGCGGUUAUUGAUUUUAUCUCGAAAGAUCUGACCAGAUAUCUCGUAGCAACUUCGCAAGCUGUUGAUAUCAUUCAAGGUGGUGCCAAAUCAAAUGCUUUACCAGAGCAUGUUUCUGUUUUAAUCAACCAUCGUAUUGCCAUAGAAGAAUCUGUUUCACUGACGGCUGGAAAGAUUUUGGAACAUGUUAAGGAUAUUGCACAAAAGUUUGAUUUGGGAGUUGUAUACGAAGGGGAUGAAUUGGUGAAGCCAACUGCCAGGGGAUAUUUUAAUUACACUCUUAACGAGCCAUUAGAGCCUUCACCAAUCACGCCAAUCAACGAUAAGGUUUGGGAAACAUUUGGUGGAUCAUUAAGAUAUUUUUAUGAAGACUUACUCUUCCCGGAAAAGGAUGAAAUAUUUAUCCCAGCACCAUACAUUUCUAUUGGUAACACGGACACUAAGAAUUACUGGCCUUUGACCAAGCACAUCUUCAGGUACUCGCCAGGUAUUGAGGGAGGUUCCAACAUUCACUCUGUGGAUGAAAAAGUUAAAUUUGAUGUACAUUUACAAGCUAUUGCUUUCUUUUACUAUUACAUUCAACUUGUUGACAGUGAAUAG